GUUACUAUGUUCACUUGAUACUAUGUUAGUUUCAAACGUUUCAAAACAUUUUCAGGAUUUUUAGCGAAACUGAUUUCUUGCAUUUCUGCGAUGGAGUCAGGCGAGAGAAAAAUAAAAUUAAUUUCGGAAAAUAACAGCUGCUUUAUUGUCGUUAAAGAAAAUAGAUUGAAAAAAGCCGUCCUUAAUGAAUACUACCCGAAUGGUAGUACUAUUACUUAUAAAGAAAAUGAAGAUGUGUGUCUAUUAGAAACUGAUGAAACUUUCAUUCAUUUAAAUCCUGGAGUAGAUGAAUAUUAUGUAAAAUUGAACAAAGAUUGUGGCACACAAAAUGAUUUAGGAGGCGCAAAGCGGAAAACUUUGACAAUAAAGCAGCUGUUAUUUUCCGAAAUUAAUUUUAUUUUUCUCUCGCCUGACUCCAUCUAAAAAAAUUUUUUAUUUUUAUUAUAUUAUAUAUAAUUUAAAAUAUGCAUUUCUUUAACACAUGCACAUGCAUUUUCAUAACCUUCAAAUGUACAUGUACAUAAACGUAUUAUAACAAAAUUAAAUUUACUUUAGAGAAAAUCUUAAAAAUUUUGUUCAUUAACAAAAAAACAAUUUUAAUUGUAUUUAAUUACAAAAGAUAAAUUAUAAUUUACAAUUAAUUUAAGAA